GCUCCGCCUCCCCAUUUCUCGUUCUUCUACUCGUCUCCACCGCGGAUUACACUGCUUCUGAUUUUUCUCCUAAACCUCUCGAGGAGUCGAUCUCGUGCCCAUCAUGUCCGGCGAGGCCUGGCUCUACCUGCUGGCGGUGUUGAUCAACGCCGUCAACCUCUUCCUCCAGGUGUUCUUCACCAUCAUGUACAGCGAUUUGGAAUGUGACUACAUCAACCCGAUUGACCUGUGCAACCGCCUUAACGCCUACAUCAUCCCCGAAGCCGCCGUCCACGCCUUUUUGACCUUCCUGUUCGUCAUUAAUGGCUACUGGGUCGCUAUCAUCCUCAACCUGCCCCUCCUGGCCUUCAACGCGAAGAAAAUCUACGAGAACCAGCACCUGCUGGAUGCGACUGAGAUUUUCCGCAAGCUGAAUGUGCACAAGAAGGAAUCCUUCAUCAAGCUGGGCUUCCACCUCCUGAUGUUCUUCUUCUACCUGUACAGCAUGAUUGUCGCUCUGAUCCGCGAUGAAGGCCAUUGACUUCGCAACAAAACCGAGUAUGCAAUGCGCCACGGCCGUCCAAACUAGCUCAAGAGAUGAAUUUUCGGCAGGGCUUUCUCCGGGGCGGAUAUCUUCUUGCC